GAGUGAAAUAUUUCCCCUGCAACUGCGGCGGCUUUAAAGCCUCCAACCCCGCCCCUCCGCACUAUCACGGGAAUCUGGACUGAAAGCUGGAUGUGAAAAAAAAAAAAAAAAAGUUUGGAGGUCUCGCAGGAACCACUCUUCUCCUACCAGCUUCAGCUACACGGCUUUAUGCGCGUAUUCUUUCACUUUAGGAGGCUUUCGGUUGUGACUUUGCACGGGACGCUGGUGCCCUCCUGGGUCUUUUCCCGGCUGAGAUUUCUCCGACUUAUUUUUUUUUUCCCUGCAGGAAUACACAGAGAGAGAGGAGGGAGGGAGGGGGGAAACGGUCUGGCUGCUUGAAGAUUUGUUUCGACACCAAACUUUUGGCGACAUGGACGCGCACCGUGGCGCGCCUCCGGCCGGGCAGCAGAUCGUGCACGUCCGCGGGGACUCGCAGACGGAGCUGGAGGCCCUCUUCACUGCGGUGACGAACCCCAACGCGGUCAAACAGCCUUCUUCUCUCCCCAUGAGGAUGAGGAAGCUGCCGGACUCCUUCUUCAGACAGCCGGCGCCCCGGGGCCACUCCAGACAAGCCAGUUCGGAUGGAGGUGUGUGCGGCUCCCUGACUCCUCAUCACGUCCGCGCCCAUUCCUCCCCUGCCUCCCUUCCUGUCAACUCCCUCUCCACUCAAGGAACAGAUGUAGCAGCGACACCAAUCAUACCUGAUGACAUGCCACUCCCCCACGGUUGGGAAAUGGCCAAAACACCUACUGGCCAGCGUUACUUCCUCAAUCACCUGGAUAAGACAACCACUUGGCAUGACCCUCGCCUGGCACAGCUUCAGUCAGCCGCAGCUCAGCAUCCCAUCCCUGCCCCUCCAGUCCAUGCCCACUCCCUCAGCAACCCAGCACCUACAACGCAACCACAAAACAUCAAUCCAGAGAAAGGUCCACUGCCUGAAGGCUGGGAGCAGGCUGUGACUGCAGAUGGAGAGAUGUACUACAUCGAUCACAUAAAUAAGACCACCGCAUGGGUCGACCCGCGUCUAGCUCAGAAGAUGAACUCCAGCCUCCUCAGCAUGGCGAUGCAGCAAAGUCAGGAAAAGGAAAGGCUCAGAUGCAAGCAAGGCAUCCCUCAACAAAUCGCAUCACAGGAUGCAGGAGGAAGGAACCAGAUGCCUGGUGGGAUGGACCAUGACAGGAGCGCCCAGACACUUGUCCCAUCUCUGGAAAUCAGGAUCAGAGCAUCAAACCACGAACCUACACUUAAUGGCGCUCACUCUCGCAAUGAGAGCACGGACAGCGGUCUGAGCGUCAGCAGCCUACCCCGCACGACGGACCACAUGUUGAGCUCCGUGGAUCACAUGGACACCGGUGACUCGGAGCCCCCCUCGAUGGCCUUGCAGGACUCGAUGCCCGUGCUCCCGAUGUCUGAGGGCGAGGAGCUGAUGCCCUGUAUCCCAGAGGGUCUGAGUUCAGACCUCCUGAUGGACAUGGAGACCGUUCUCUCUGGCUCGCAUAUGGACAGAGACAGCCUGCUCACCUGGCUAUAGACACAACCAGCCACUGGUCAAAUAUAGAUUGGCAUCAAAUUUUCACAACGUGACUGAGAAUUCUGGUGGAUUUUUGGAUUCAAAGGUGGUACAGAUCAACAUUACAGACAGAGUAUGAUACCGUUGUGUGAUGGAUACCUAACACUACUCACACCCUGAGGAAGAAGGUGGUAAGCUGCUUGUUUUUUACAGUUUUUGGCCCUGAUUUUAAAGAGAAGCACACAGAGCAUCCACAAAAACACUCCAUUCAUUUUUUUUUUUUUUUAGUCUUUAACUUUGUAGUUGGUUUGUAACAAACUUUUAAAGUGUUCCUUUUAUGCUCAUUUACAAGCUCGGAAUUUUGUUUUGGAUGUUGACAAGAAUAAUCUAUAAAGUUAAAAAAAAAUAUUUUCUCAAGCUGUACAUUUAAAAAUGUACUUAAAAAUGUUUGAUCAGUUGAAGUGACAAAAGCAAGAUAAUAUUGAACAGCUUAUAAACUUAUCAUUAGCAACUGUGUCAAGGAUAUACUGGCGGCCUGCAUCUGGAUUUAACUAGCUCCUCAUUCUUGUUCUUGGGCUGUGCCAAACUGCUAGGUGGGCACUAUGUGUUGCAUAGUGAGUUAGAUAAGUAAUGGAAGAAAAGCCUGAAUGUGCCAAUUUAACAAUAUUUUUUUCUUUGGGAGAGAACAAGUCCAAGAGAUGGUGCGACAUGCAAAAUUUACUUUAAAAAAAACAAGCAAAACUUUAACCACAAGGUGGCAGCGUUUUCCCAGAAAGUUUUAUUGUUAGUCAGCCACCCAGCUAUGGAAGCUUGU